AACCCUAUUACAUCGCCACGCUACCUAAACACUCUUUCCUCCACCUCCCCAUAAAAAGGCGCCAUUCGCUUAUUCCUCUUUCUCUUCUAUCUCAUUUUCAAAUCCCUUUUUCAAUUUCCAUAACAACAUUCUCAUUUCUAAAACCUUCUCACUCUCUCUUCUCUUCUCCUCUAAAACCCUAACCACCUCCACAAUGCUCCCUCACUCCUACACCCUAGAUUCCGUUUCCAAAUCCCAGGAACUCUUAUCCACCAUCCAAUCCGCCACCUCACCUUCCCAAAUAACCUCCCUCUGCACCUCCAUUGAAACCUUCCUACACUCUCACUCACCCGAUCAAUCCCGUCACUUCUUCUCCCUCGCUUUCCCAACCCUAAUCUGCAACAUCUUCGGCUUCGAAAACCCUCGCGCCGCUUCAACUUCACCUUCACCUUCAUCCAACGGUUGGAUCAGCAACCCCGAACUCGACAAAACCCUAUUCUCUCUCCUCUCCCCUUCCGGCACACUCGCCACCGCUAUCUCCGCCGUCGACCGUCUCUCCCUUGUCAAAUACCUCUUCCCCACGGAACGUCUACCUCACUGGUCCCGCUCCCUCACCGAUAAACACAAUCUCUCCGAUCUUUGUCCUUCAAUCUUCACCUCUUCAUCCUCCUCCUCGCAAAUUCAACUCAAUGUCUUUCAAUACUUCUUUUUCUGGUUCGCUUAUUACCCUGUCUCCAAGGCUAAUUCGAUUAACUCCGAUCAAGUUUCCGUCAAGACAACCCCCGGAAAAUUCAGGUUAGAAAACUGGAAAUCUUCCAUCCCUGGUUUCUCAGCCUCCAAACAGAACGUCUCAAACAAAAAACCCUACUACGACCUCUACACGCGUCUUCUCUACGCGUAUCUCCGUGCAAAUGUUCCUACCUCCGAUUUAACCUCUCACCAACCCUAUCGGAGCUCCAUUCUCCAUUACGGUUCCAGUCAUGACGCAACUGUUGCGGAUAGAGCCGAGUUUGUUGUUAACACGCUGAUUCAUUUCUGGCUUGUUGACAACGAUUUCUCGCCGUUCCCUGUCAGUGUUUGUAAAGCUCUUGGAGUUAGUUUUCCGUUUGGAGAAAUGCCUCCGACGCCGGGUUUAAGUAAAGUUGUUAAGUUGUUUGUGAGGUAUUUGGGUUUGAGUACUGUAACUGCGUUUCGUGAGAAUGGAGAUUCUGGUUCUAGUUAUAGUCCUAGUGUUAGGUGGAGGACUGUGGAGGUUUCUAAGAACAAGGAUUUGGGUUAUGCUUGUUGGAAUCAAUGUUUGCAGAGGCCUUUGUAUAGGUUUUUGUUGAGGACAUUGCUGUUUAGUCCGAUGGCUGUGUCGGUUAAGAAUGUUUCGGAAGUGUUUUCUAUUUGGAUUAGAUACUUGGAGCCUUGGAAUAUUAAAGAGGGUAAAUUUAAAAAGCUGGAUGAAAUGAAUGGUGAGAAAGUGGAAAAUUCUGUGCCUGAAAAUGGAAGUGGUGGUGGGUUUACACCGUGUUGGCAGGAUUAUGUUCUCUCUAAUUAUUUGUACUAUACUUCCUUGGUUAUGCAUUUUAUUGGAUUUGCUCACAGGUUUCUUCAUAGUGAUGUUGAAAUUGUAGUCCAGAUGGUCGUCAAGGUGUUAGACACAUUGACAUCAUCCAAAGAGCUCAUUGACCUCUUGAAGAAUAUGGAUGCCCUUUUCCAUUCCAAACAGACUGGCUUGGGCAAACCUAUGUUGAAUAACUUGUACAGAUAUGUUCCUAUCAUCCGUGAACAGCUGCAGGACUGGGAGGAUGGUUUAUGCGAGACUGGUGUUGAUGGUUCAUUUUUGCAUGAUAAUUGGAACAAAGAUUUGCGAUUAUUUGCUGAUGGGGAAGAUGGUGGACAACAGCUCCUUCAGUUGUUUAUUUUGCGCGCAGAAGCUGAGUUACAAGCUAUAUCCGGUGGUAAUGUUACACGCAGCCUAAAAUGCAUAGACUCAUUGAAGGAAAAACUAGGGUGUUUAUUUGAUGGGAGAGCUAUAGAGCCAUCUUCAAUCUCCCCCGAGCGAAUUCAGCAUCAACAAUCCCGUGAUGAGAUAUUCAAGCCUAGAAGGUCUGGCAAUCGCAUGUAUACAGAUAUUAAAUACAAAGGUGACUGGAUGAGGCGUCCCAUAUCCAGUGAUGAGAUUGCAUGGCUUGCAAAAGUGCUUGUCUGGUUGUCUGAUUGGUUGAAUGAGAAUCUUGGAUUAAACCAAUCAGAGAUCAGUCUUAGAUUAAAUGAAACAAACAACAGUAAGUCAAGCUCCACGUGUUCCUAUGUGGAAGUAUCAACCGAUGUUACCCAUAUAUCCGGUCCUUCAGAGGUCCUGAAGGCUUUUCUCUGCACAAUCUGUUCUUGGUUUCUCUUUGUUGGUGCUGCUUGUCUGGGUUUCAUGCGAAAAAAUGGUCUGAGGGUGAAUUUAAGGAUUCUAGCUUCUAAGAAAGUUGUAAUGGUUUUUGUUUUAUAUGCUGUUUUCAACUUACUGAAGAAAUUAUUUUGAGCAAUCUAUAGCAUGUAGGGAAGUGUAUACAUCAAAUAUACAAAGUAUAUAGAGAAAUGUAGAAAGUACGUGUAAGGAAUUUUGUUACUUUGAAGUUAUUAUGCCAAUUUACAAGUGGUUUUGCAUCCAAAA